AUGACAGACCCUCAGGAGUCCUACCCCGUCCCGGACUCGACUGUGGUGGAUGGCACGGUGCGGAACGGCCAGUGCGCCCCGGACGGCUUCAGCAACAACCACCACCAGAACCACCAGAACCAUCACCAGCCACAAGCCAGGAGCCCCGGGCAGUCCGAGCCCUACACCACCGGCCAUGAGAUGAAAAUCACAGACAGCGUGGAGGGAGAAGGUCUCCUGGAGAGCAGUAUGCGCCUGAAGCCCCACGAGGCCCAGAACUACAGGAAGAAGGCGCUCUGGGUGUCCUGGGUCUCCAUCGUGGUCACACUCAUGCUUGCUGUGGCAGCUUUCACUUUAUCAUUCAUGAGACACAGCGCCUCAGCCUUUGGAUUUGCCUUUGAUGCCUCACUGGACGUCAUGUCAUCAUUCAUUGUCCUCUGGCGCUACAGCAACGCAGCAGCGGUGCACUCUGCACACAGAGAGUACAUAGCGUGUGUAGUUCUUGGGGUCGUGUUUGUUCUCUCGUCCUUGUGCAUCCUUGGAAAGGCAAUCCAUAAUCUGGCAACCAAGAUGCUCCCAGAAGUGGAUGACUUCCUCUUCAGUGUGUCCAUAGUGAGCGGGUUCACCUGUAUUCUGCUGGCCGUGGCCAAGUUCAUGCUGGGAAGAGUGCUUACUAGUCGGGCACUUUUCACUGAUGCCUUUAACUCUAUGAUUGGAGCUGUCAUGGGAUUUUCAAUUCUGAUCAGUGCUGAAGUCUACAAGCAGCAUCCCGAUGUCUGGUUCCUGGACGGCACCAUCGGAGUUCUCAUGGCACUCCUCAUUUUCGGAUACGGUGUCAAACUCCUGAGGGACAUGGUGCCCCGUGUGAGGCAGACAAGGAACUAUGAACGUUUUGAGUGAGAGUUGUUGACCAAAAGAGCAAUUCUACACACACAGACACACACAUCAUACACAUCCUGACUGCCUCCUGUUCUAUUCCCUCAUC